AAGGGUGAUCUCUUACUAACACGUUGACAUCUACUCUCGAGCUCAUUCCGGAGCUCAAAGUUUGCUCCUACGACGACGCGCACAGGACCAAAAACUGCUCCCUUACUCCUUUACGUUUCGCACCCCGGAUUAUGCUGCAAUAUGGAGCAUGUUGUGAGAAUGAUGAAGUACCUUAUGCAAUUGCCUCUUUCUUUCUGCCGCUUGUGGAUUUGAGCACAUGGUCUCAUUUUGGGGUUCAUGUCUCAUCAAUUUGGCACGAAUGUCAAAUUGCAUGCAAGCGGCCAACUCGCGUGCUGCAGCGAAUGGUCCCAUGCAAUGCUGCAACUAGCGGUAUAAAACGCGGGCACUUGCAGUCAAAUGGUCGUAUUCCACGCCUGCCUGCAGUUGUGCACUAUGGACAAAGAGAGCACCCCUGACCAGACAUUCACCUUGGUCAAAUCGGUCACUCACUCUUUUGUGGUGUAUUUCAAGGCAAAAAAUCGCACUACCAUUGCAUCAUCGACAACAUCCACCGACAUGGUCGUCAAAGCAAACACGUUCCCACUCGCAGUGAUGUUUCUCCUGCUGGGCACGCUUCUCUAUGCAGCCUGCGCUUCUCCGGGAGCUGGCGAAGAUGGUCCCAGUCUCAAAAAGCAAAAAGUUGGCAAUCCCAAGGAUGACCAAGACGAGUCUUCUAAGAUUGAAGCUUGUCAGGUGAUGAGUCUUGGGGCGGUCAAGAUGCUCAGCAAUGUGCCCGAAGGCGAUUCUUGUCAGACAAGAUGUGACGCGGAAUUCUGGCGACUCAGCAGGGACGUGGUCCCCCAGGCUUGGUAUCUAGAAGAUGCCUGUCAAGUUGAAGGCCGCCCGGUAUGCCUCCGCCCCGAGAUAAUUGACCUGGGCUUCAUUUGUCAGGGAAAAGGUGGGUUUUGCCCGGCUGAAUUUCAUCAUGAUGCUACGGCACCGCCGGGACCACGAGAGCCUUCUUGGCAAUGUUACAUGAGGGUGUGGAUGGCAACGGCAGGAUUCGACGGCAGCGUCAUCGAGGUCGUCAUGAACACUAUCAAGACUUUUUUCGACAGUAUGCCGCAAUCUUCAACCUUUUCAGCAUCCGGUCAUGUUCUAGAGGCCUUGCCCCUUAGCAGGACUUUAGACCCACUUAUCCAAAAGCUUUUCGAACAAUUUUCUUGGGUAAGUGCACUUGAUACUGCAAAGAAGGCCGGUCAGUGUAAUACAGCGCAUUCGGCAGGCGAACCACCUGGAGAUAAGAAAGGGAAAGGAAAAGCCCUGCCACAACUGACCAAACAAUGUGCUUGCUCGACUCGCAUUUUUUUUGUCAGCUAUGAUGGCCAGGUUCUUAACCGAGAGACUCAAACAAGCGAGAAGUUGGCUCCGCCGCUACAAUGUGAUGUAAUCAGCAUAGCAGAGCGAAUGGCUCGUGAGCUCGCUCUUCUCGGCUGGCAAGCUGAGCCUGUGGCAAUGGUCGAACAAGACAACGUAGGGUGCACAGACCCCAUGUGGCAAUGCGAUUGUGACUUCCUUUCGCAAGACGAGCACCGUGUACUAUGCAAAAGGCUUGACGUACCGCCAAAAGUUGGCCUUGUCCAGGUCAAGCAGGAGCCGGAAUGGUACUCAGACACCAGCUCGACAGGCGACAACUUUCCAAAAGCGUUCACCUAGUCUGCCAGCUUUCUGCCGAACCCAUUUCAUGGAGGUGGCACAGGGGGAUAUGCUUCAUCCCCGACGCCUAAACCUCUUUAGACUCUUUUCAUAGCAGCGAAAAGAAAAAUGCUUCAUCGCCACAAUUUGUGAAAUGGUGACUAUGCAUUUCACUUAAUGAGGCAACGGCAGCAUCUAGAUCUAGGGAUUCAAACUUGUUAUUUGAAGGAAAAUCUCUUGUCUCAUGGCCUGCUGCACGGCUUGCCAAUUUCCGAUACCAUUUUUGUGACUGCUCUUUAUGCCUCCGCAAUUGUCGAC